AAUACACCUCCCGAUCGCGCCGCUCGCUUUCCUCUCCCUCAUUUCUUCGGUUGUUCAUCGACGAUUCCACAGCUCGCUUCAGAUUUGUACGCGAUUUUUAUUUUUCGGUUAGCAAUUUCACAUAACCGACCGCUGCUGCGUUUCUGGAUGCCUGUAUGCAAUCAUGUAUAUCUUUGUAUCUGUAUGAUUUGCUCCGAUGAUUGUGGAAACCUAUAGAUUGGUAUCGUAGUGCCCAAAUUUGGUUUUUACUGAGCUGUCUGUGGGAUUGGUGUAGCUUUUAGAGGAUUUGUGGGCAUUAUUGAUGGUUAUGUUUUCUAAUGGCUUUAUAUCCGAUGAUGACGAAAACAAGCUGCCUUUGGAGAAUGGCUAUGCUGCGAGAUAUAAGCCUAGAAAGGUAUCUGCUGUCCGGGAUUUCCCGCCUAGGUGUGGGCGUGAUAAUGUGCUCGUGGAUACGAGUCCAGAGCUAAAUGGUGCUAAUGCAGGAAGAAACAGUGAUGAUGCAUUCAUGAUUGAGCAGCAACGGAAUGAAUCACAGGAUUUCCAACCACUUGGGAUUCAGCUGCAUGAAGAGGGUGUAUUGAACAAUCCUCUUGAAGUGGAAAGAGUUGAAUCAUUGGAUGCAUUGGUGGGAAAAGUGACGACAACAGCUAUGGAUGGGUCCUUAAAUGAUGGUGAGAAAUUGAUGAUGGAGAGCGAAUGUGCUGGUGUUAAUAAGUUGAAUGAAUCUAAAAGGGAUUCUUUGAAGGGAACUUUGUUGGCGCAGAAGGAUAAAUACUGCCGAAGAAGAGUAUCCGCCAUUCGCGACUUCCCUCCAAAUUGUGGAAGGAAUAUUCCUUUUCAAGUGGAUAAGAAUGUAAAAAUUGAAGCAGAAUCCUCAGAAACUAUAUCAAGGCAUGUUGUAGAGGAUGUCGGAAUGGAUGAAAUAAAGGUGAACUCUCAAAAAGAAUGUUUGGUUAAAAUUGAAGUGACUGAAACAUUGAAUGAUAGGGGAAGGCCACUGAAAGGGACAAUAGAGGAUACCGAUGAAGGUGGGAUUAUGGAUUCUGAAGGGUGCAGCAAACUAGCUCUCCCUGGAAUUGAGGACACUGAAGAACCUCCAGAUGUAGAGACUGUAGCUUGCACACCUGGUACAAAUGAUGAGGUAUGGAGCCCACGAAGCAGUUUUAGCACAGGGGAUGGCUCAUGUAGGGAGAUUGCACAUGGCUUGAUGUCUGCAUCAAAUUGCCCAAAGAGAAAAAAAAGAGGAGCUCCAAAUAAUUCAGAUAGUGGGAGAAGUGGAGCUAAGGGUCGAAAGCAGAAUCUGUCUCGGCUGAAGAAAUCCAAAGCUGUUUAUCCAACAAGUAAUCAUGAAGCAGAACCUUCUCAGGGACAAUCUGUGAAGAAAGAUGUAGUUGAUGGUUCCUAUUAUCCAGAUGGAAGUCCUGGUUCAUGUACCUAUAUGGAUGAGGAAUAUAUCGAUUCUUCUAAUGAAUCUGCACCUUUAAUCACUCCUAUUUCUAUGACCCCUGGUGUGAUUGACCAUACCGAUGUCCCUACUGGGAAGGAAAUUGUUGUUUAUUCACCCGGAAAAAGUGAUGAAAUGAGGCACCCACAUUGUGUUUCCGGCUCAAGAGAUGUGGAGUUGAUUGGUUCCAAUGCCACAUCUGACCAUCCAUCAGCGAAAGGCCGAAGAGUUCCAUGCAACCCUGGUGAAAAAAUGAGCAGUGUGAGAAAAGGAAAACAUGAAGUAACUUGGAGACGGAAAGGAAAGGCUGUUGCCAGAAAAAGUACACCUAAAUCAAAAUUUGCAGGGUCAUCAUCUAAGCGGCACAAUGAUAUAGAUAAGAGCACUGCCCUUGCACUUAAAGAGGGUGAAGCUUAUGAUCAUGAUGAUGACAAGUUCCUUACCAAGUCUCAUGGAAAGCAUAAAGUAAUGGAUAUAGAAGUUAGCUUGCCUCCUUUCGGCCCCAAGAGUUCCGGUAAUGGUGAUGCGCGAAACAGGGUAAGAGAAACUCUCCGGAUGUUUAAUGCUUUCUGUAGAAAGCUGUUGCAACAGGAAGAAUCCAACUCACAGCUUGGGGUUGAAGAGAAAUUAACCGUUAAGAAGGGAAAGAGGAUUGAUCUGAUUAGUGCCAAGAUGAUUAAAGAGAUAGGCAAAGAAGUCAACACCGAAGAGCGGUACCUUGGACAAGUUCCUGGAGUUGAAGUGGGAGAUGAGUUUCAGUACAGAGUGGAGCUUGCUGUUAUUGGUAUUCACCGCCUGUACCAGGCUGGAAUAGAUUGGAUAAAACUCGAUGGAGUUCCAGUUGCCACUAGUGUUGUUUCUUCAGGAGCAUACGAUGAUGAUGUGGAGAAUGCCGAUGUACUAAUAUACUGUGGACAAGGAGGAAAUGUUGUUGGAAAAUCUAAGCAACCUGAGGAUCAAAAGUUGGAAAGGGGCAAUUUGGCCCUGAAGAACAGCAUAUCUGCAAAGACUCCAGUUCGAGUCAUUAGGGGAUGGAAAGAGGCAAGGGUGAUGGAUCCUCUGGAUCCAAAAUCUAAAAUGGUCACUACAUAUGUUUAUGAUGGUCUAUACACCGUGAAACGCUAUUGGGAGAAAGAAGGGCCUCACGGUAAGCAGGUAUUUAUGUUUGAGUUGCGGAGGCAGCCUGGCCAGCCAGAGCUUGCCUGGAAACAACUGAAGAAGUCGAAUAAGUUCAAGAGCAGACCUGGAAUGGUUGUGAAUGAUAUUGCAGGAGGAGUAGAGACAAUUCCUAUUUUUGCUGUGAACACAAUAGAUGAUGGGAAACCUCCCCCUUUCAAAUACGUUCGUAAAAUGAUGUAUCCUGGAUGGUUCAAACCAAAUCCUCCAGCUGGCUGUGAUUGUACAGGCCGAUGCUCUGGCUCAAAAAAAUGUCGAUGUGCAGUAAAAAAUGGAGGUGAAAUACCAUACAACCAUAAUGGGGCAAUAGUUGAAACCAAACCACUUGUGUACGAGUGUGGUCCUCAUUGCAGAUGCCCUCCUAAUUGCUAUAAUAGAGUCACCCAACGUGGCAUCAAAUUUCAGCUUGAGAUUUUCAAGACUGAGUCGAGAGGCUGGGGAGUGAGGGCCCUGACUUCUAUACCUUCAGGAAGUUUUAUAUGUGAAUAUGCAGGAGAGCUUCUUGAGGAUAAAGAAGCUGAAGAAAGAAUUGGCAACGAUGAAUAUCUAUUUGAUAUUGGGCAGAAUUACAGUGAUACUUCUGUCAUGCCCCACGAAAAAGCUGCACUGGUCGAACUUAUGGAAGGUGGAUAUACCAUUGAUGCAGCCCAGUAUGGAAAUGUCGGAAGGUUUAUUAAUCACAGCUGCUCCCCAAACCUUUAUGCCCAAAAUGUGAUCUAUGAUCACGAUGACAAGAAGAUGCCACAUGUAAUGCUUUUUGCCAUGGAAAAUAUUCCUCCAUUGAAGGAGCUAACCUACCAUUACAACUACUCCGUGGAUCAGAUCCGCGAUGCUAAUGGAAAUAUAAAGGUAAAAAGAUGUUUCUGCGGUUCUGCAGAAUGCACAGGUAGGAUGUACUAAGCUGUUUGUGUUGGUGAAGUGAAGUCAUUUCAUGUAGCUGUGUUUUCCCCUGCUGAAUUCUCUCAUUAAAUGACUUUUGUACUCAAAGGUAUGUCGGCAAUAUGAAGAAUGUUUUCAACUA